GAGCAGCCUCAGCAGGAAACUCACUCACACAGCAGCCUUUAUGAUCAGUGCCUGCCUUCCACAUCUUACUCACCUGGGAAGUCCCCAUCAGGGCUAUCCCCUCCCAGGUCUACACCACUCUUAUCCGGCCAAGACGCUCCUCUUCCUGAGGAUGACCACCACACGUCUUAUUCCUCGAGGCACGCAUCACCUAGGCAGUCUCGCUUUCAUCAUUACAGGGCUCCACCACAACAGAACCCAUGGCACCCAUACUGGCCUUACCCACCCCCACCUUAUCCACCACAAUGGGGACCCUGGGGACACUGGGAGCCAUGUGGACAACGCUCCCCAACUCACUCCACUCCAUCUCAGAGAAGCUUAUCUCGACCGCAGCCCCUACCUCCAGCAACUCUUUCGGAUGAAGAGGUGGACCGAAUCUCUGACAAUGAAUCAGACAGUCAUUCAAUAAAUGUCACACAUUCUGAUGCUCCCGAUACACAAUCAGAUGAAGCCGUAGUUCCAUCAGAUUCUGCACCAAUUGAUGACCUAAAACAGUUCCAGGAUCUAUUCAAGAGGGUAGCAACAAGCCAGAAUGUUUCCCUGCAAGAGGUCCAGAAGAAACAGUACCAAUUGCUAAAAAAUCUCCAUCCUACAUUACAUAGCAAGAUUGCCCUGCCUAUAGACGAGGCAAUAAUGGAGACCUCGGACAGGAAGUACUUUGUCCCAUCAAAAGACAACGACUUUCUCUUCACACACCCACAACCUAAUUCGUUAGUCGUAGACUCAGCACAACAACGUGCAAAGCUCCCACAAUACAAGUUGGGCAACGCAGACAAGGACCACAAAAAGUUGGACUCCUUUGGCAAGAAGGUAUACUCCUCUUCCACCCUACAACUCAGAAUAUCGAACUACUCCGCUCUUUUAGCAAAUCAUGACUUUGACAAUUACUCGAAACUGGGAGAACUGGUGCCACAUCUCCCUGAGUCCAAAAGAUCCAUCUUGAAAACAAUAGUUCAUGAGGGCCAUAUGAUCGCCCGCACUGCUCUCCAAACCGCAAUGGAUGUUGCUGACACCGCAACCCGAAUUACAACUACAGCGGUGGUCAUACGUAGAGCUUCUUGGCUCCAGUCGUCAGGAGUUCCACGCGAUCGCCAGCCUAAAGUGGAAGAUCUGCCAUUCGACAAGCAAAAGCUAUUUGCAGCUACUACAGACGAAAUGCUCCAUAACAGCAAAAAUUCCAAGUCCACACUUCGCACGUUGGGCAUGUACACGCCGCCCUAUAGACGUGGACGAUACACCCCAUAUAACUCAUACAACCGAUACCGAUAUGGGCAAUACAAUAGACCACAGAGGCCCUAUGAAGACACUAGACCAAGGCAACAAGGUCCCAGAAGGCGCCACAACCAGGCCCGCCCACCAACUACCCAACCAUCUAAACAACAAAUUUGAAGAUUUGGUCGAGGGCCUGCAACACCUCUCUUAUGAUCUACCACGACUUCAACAUGGUCAUCUAUUCACCCACCGUUUGCGGCCAUUCCUUCCUCAAUGGGAAUCCAUAACAUCGGACCGCUGGGUUUUAGAGAUAAUUCGAGUGGGCCACACCAUCCCAUUUACCUCUAUCCUCCCUACCCUUCCUCCUAUCCCGUCCCUCUUCAGGGACCACUCUCACGAAACCCCUCUAAAACAAGAAAUCGAUCGACUCCUUCUCAUUGGAGCAGUAGAAAGGGUAC